UUCCGUCCGGGCCUGGCCGAGGUUCGGCUCCGCGGGCCGAGGGCGGGGGUACGGAGGUGGCAGCUGAAGCAGGAGGCGGUGCGGGAGGCGAGAAGCGCCCGCGCGGACCAAUCCCUGCGUCCCGGGCCGCGACCCUGUUCCUGCAGCGCUCCGAGAAGAGGCCGGCCGGAUGGGCCGCUGAGCCCGAGUCGGGGACCGUGUGGAGCCCCCUGGAGCUGAGAUCAGGAUGUUCCGCUUCAUGAGGGACGUGGAGCCCGAGGAUCCCAUGUUCCUGAUGGACCCCUUUGCAAUUCACCGCCAGCACAUGAGCCGCAUGUUGUCGGGCGGCUUUGGAUAUAGCCCCUUCCUUAGCAUCACAGAUGGUAACAUGCCAGCAACCAGGCCUGCCAGCCGCAGGAUGCAGGCUGGGGCUGUCUCUCCUUUCGGGAUGUUGGGAAUGUCUGGUGGCUUCAUGGACAUGUUUGGAAUGAUGAAUGACAUGAUUGGGAACAUGGAGCACAUGGCUGCCGGAGGCAACUGCCAGACCUUUUCUUCCUCCACUGUCAUCUCCUACUCCAACACUGGGGAUGGGGCCCCCAAGGUUUACCAGGAGACAUCUGAGAUGCGCUCUGCCCCAGGUGGGAUCCGGGAGACCCGGAGGACUGUCCGGGACUCAGACAGUGGUCUAGAGCAGAUGUCCAUUGGGCAUCACAUUCGGGACAGGGCUCACAUCCUCCAGCGCUCCCGAAACCACCGCACGGGAGACCAGGAGGAACGGCAGGACUAUAUCAACCUGGAUGAAAGUGAAGCGGCAGCGUUUGAUGAUGAAUGGCGAAGGGAGACAUCACGAUUCAGGCAGCAGCGUCCUCUGGAGUUUCGACGGCACGAGGCAUCUGUGGGUGGGGGUCGAAGGGCCGAGGGGCCUCCCCGUCUGGCUAUCCAGGGACCUGAGGACUCCCCUUCCCGACAGUCCCGUCGCUAUGACUGGUGAAGGCCCUGGUUCUCAGCCUCUCUUGUACAGGCUGAGAGGCUGUGAAAUCAUCCCUUGAAAUAACUUUGUCCUUUCCGACCUCCAUCCCAAUUUAAUAUUAAAUUAACAGGCAAGUUGGCCCCCACCUCUCCCUGGGGGUCUCAGGGAGAACCUUUUACUGCCCCCUUUACCUACUUUCUCCAUCUUUUAUCCCCUCACCACGAUGACCCCACCCAUCUUCUAUCCACUAACUUGAGUUUUCAUUUUGCUGCUCCAUCUUCAGGCCACCUCAUCUUCCCCUAAACCCCUGCCAUGCAUUGAAGUUUUGGGGGGAUGAGCUCUGGGUUUAGGGAUCUCCAUCCCUCAGCUCCCCUGGACCCUUGCCCAUCUCUUCCUCAGAGCGCCACUGCAGAUGCCAUGGUCCUAUCAGGGCUGUGGAGGGAGUGGACUAGUUCCCAACCCUUCUCCCACCUCCCCACAUCACACUCACACACAAAAACACUUUCCUAUACCCUUCUCUGCCUUUAUAAAAAUAAAUGAUUUGUGCAACUUGUAACUAGGUGUUUAUGGAAUAAAGGAUGAUGGAAAAAAAAGUAA